AUGUUAGUAGUUUGUUUACACCUUUUUUUUCAUUUUUGCAGCCAAUACUGACUUUAUUAAUACCCGUUUUUAUUAUUUGGUUCUUUAUUAUCAUAUAUAACAAAUUAGAACUUUGAUAAGGAUAAGAUAUUAAUAAGAACAUUAUUAACUUAUGAAACUCAUUAAAAGUGCCAAAAUGAAUAUUAAUCUAAAAGAUCUGAUUUCUCCCAAAUACACUGAACCAACGGUUUUCGUAAAUUUCUACAAAAUUACCAGACCCAGUGCUACACCCCAAGACAGUUACACCCAUACACUACUAAAAACAAAUAACUUGACUUGCUGGAAGAUUAUUAAGGAACAACUUAUGAAGGUAAAUGAUCCCUCUGGCAUAUUCUUUGACCAAGAAUCUUACAUUAUUCAGUGGAUUUUUGAUUUAAAACUUGACAAUACAAUCUUGGAAGAACUUUUAGUUUAUCACUGGAGAGGUCGAAAUGCUGUUAAAGGUUUCAGCCCGCUACCACCAGACAUCGAGGAGCAUUGUCCAGUUGAACGAAUAGUGCAAUGGAGUGAGCCUGCCUUAUUCUUCCAUGGGUUCCCACAGGGUGUUUUUGUAUUUUCGGGGGAAAGCAGUGGUUUUAAUGAUAAGCAGCCUCAUCUACUGAUGGCUAGAGGAGAGUUGCCAGAGGAACUGCAUUUCUAUGAAGUCCCUUGCGAGAAACGAGCUUUAAGGAGUAGAGCCGUGUUUGUCUUAAUCCAUCCUGGGGUAGAAAAAUUCAUAAUUUGGCGAGGGAAGAGUGUAGGGUUAGAGCACAGUAAUGAAUUUUUGAAGACCCUUCAAAAUUGGCAAAAAGGUUGGCAAACUUUCUCUGUGGAGACUGUAAAAGAGGGUUCAGAAAACGAGGUAUUUCUGAACACCUUAAAGGGGGAACUUAGCGAAUAUUGCCCCAUUGAAUUAAUGCAUCAAUUCAGUCCUAAGUUGUUUUAUUUGAACUCAAUUGGGGGGCAAUUCGAGGCUACCCCGGUGGAGUAUCCUUUGAGGGCCGAGGGGGUUGUUGCCCCAUUUCCCUUCUUGCAAAAUCAUUUGUAUUCUGCCAUACAACCAGCACUGUUUCUCUUGGACAAUAAUACUGAAGUCUACUUGUGGGAAGGAAAGAGGAGUAGCACUGGCUGCGAGGAGUUUGAAAAAGAGGUUAUUUUAGCAAAACAGUUAGCCGAGGAGUAUAUUUCAGAGAAGGCGAGGAUUAUGUCGCAAAAAAUACAAUUUUAUCAUGUUUAUGCUAAAAAAGAACCUUUGGAGUUUCAAAAUAUAUUUCCAGUGUGGAAUUGAACGCUGA